GUAGAUACAGUAGCGACAGCAGGCAAGGUGGCGAUGAAGAGCGACGGAGGAAAUUGGGGAGUGACAGAGUCGCUGGAUGGCGACGAAAGGGACAGUGUCGAUUGCAGAAUGUUAAACUUUGUGUCGGCAGUGUUGUUAUUGACGCUAGUGGGUGUGGUCAGCCCUCAGUGUAUCACCACCAACGAUACUCAGUCCCCACCACUCCACCCUGACCUGGGCCACAUCCUCCCCUUCAGCUUGGGUUUGUUCAAGGAGCUCUACGUCCCCGGCAGCGCCACGGGCAACUUCUUCUUCUCCCCCUUCAGCAUCUGGAACGCCCUCGUCUUGGCCUACUUCGGGUCGGCUGGCAGAACCCGGGAGCAACUGCAACGGGUUCUCAACCUUAAGAACCCAGCUGAUACCCUGGCCACUUACAAGGCCGUGGACCGUCUGUACGCAGAGCGACAGGCCAACAACAGCGACUAUGUGAUCGAUUUGGCCAACCGAAUGUACGUGAACGUGAGCUUUCCCAUCCGUGACUGUGUGAGCCAGGUCCUCUCUGAGGAGGUCCAGUUUCUCAACUUCUACCAGAACGAGGCAGCCAAUAAGAUCAAUCAAUUCGUGUCGGAGACAACACGAGGCAAAAUCACGCAGGUGGUCACCCCCCAGGACCUUAAGAACGUCGUCAUGGCGUUGAUUAACGCCGCUUACUUCAAGGGCCUCUGGCUCACACCCUUCAAGACUUCCCUCACCUCCAAGGAUAAGUUCUUCACAUCCCCAAACCAACACACACUAGUCGACAUGAUGAAUCUACACGAUUACUUUAAAGCAGGAAAAUCAAGUGAGCUGGGAGCUAGAGUGCUUGAACUGCCGUACAAGGGAGAGGCCGCGUCCAUGUUUGUGCUUCUGCCUGACUCUGCGGCGACCGACGACAACACCACAACACCCCUGGACGCCAUGCUGACCCGCCUCACCCCAUACACUCUCAAAGCUGCCCUCGCCACACUGAGAGGACAAAGAGUCGACAUCAGGAUCCCCAAGUUCAAGAUGGAAAAGUUGAUCAAAAAAGAACUUAAUGAGGCUCUCCAGCGUCUUGGGAUCCGAGACAUCUUCAGUGACUCUGCUGACAUGUCCAUCUUUGAUCCUUUACGUCGGCUUAAAGUGAAAGAGACCAUCCAUAAGGCCGUAAUAGAAGUAAACGAAGAGGGUUCAGAGGCUGCGGCUGCAACAGUGGGACUCAUUGUUCCCUCGACGGUCCCGUUACGAUUCAUAUGUAAUAGGCCCUUCCUAUUCUUCAUCCACGAUAACCAUACCAAUAACAUUCUCUUUAUGGGCGUCUACAGGCAAAUGUUAAACUUUGUGUCGGCAGUGUUGUUAUUGACGCUAGUGGGUGUGGUCAGCCCUCAGUGUAUCACCACCAACGAUACUCAGUCCCCACCACUCCACCCUGACCUGGGCCACAUCCUCCCCUUCAGCUUGGGUUUGUUCAAGGAGCUCUACGUCCCCGGCAGCGCCACGGGCAACUUCUUCUUCUCCCCCUUCAGCAUCUGGAACGCCCUCGUCUUGGCCUACUUCGGGUCGGCUGGCAGAACCCGGGAGCAACUGCAACGGGUUCUCAACCUUAAGAACCCAGCUGAUACCCUGGCCACUUACAAGGCCGUGGACCGUCUGUACGCAGAGCGACAGGCCAACAGCAGCGACUAUGUGAUCGAUUUGGCCAACCGAAUCUACGUGGACGUAAAUUUACCCCUCCGUGACUGUGUGAACCACGUCCUUUCUGAGGAGGUCCAGCUGCUCAACUUCUCCCAGGUAAACGAGGCAGCCAACAAGAUUAACCAAUUCGUGUCGGAGACAACACGGAGCAAAAUCACGCAGGUGGUCACCCCCCUGGACCUUGAGAACGCCGUCAUGGCGGUGGUUAACGCGGCCUACUUCAAGGGCCUCUGGCUCACACCCUUCAAGACUUCCCUCACCUCCAAGGAUAAGUUCUUCACAUCCCCAAACCAACACACACUAGUCGACAUGAUGAAUCUAAACGAUUACUUUAAAGUAGGAAUAUCAAGUGAGCUGGGUGCUACAGUGCUUGAGCUGCCGUACAAGGGAGAGGCCGCGUCCAUGUUUGUGCUGCUGCCUGACUCUGCGGCGACCGACGACAACACCACAACACCCCUGGACUCCAUGCUGACCCGCCUCACCCCAUACACUCUCAGAGCUGCCCUCGCCACCCUGACAAAUCAAGAAGUCGUCAUCAAGAUCCCCAAGUUCGAGAUGGAAAAGAGAAUCAAAAAAGAACUUAAAGGGGCUCUCCAGCGUCUAGGGAUCCGAGACAUCUUCAGUAACUCUGCUGACAUGUCCAUCUUUGAUCCUUCACGUCAAAUUAUAUUGGAAGAGACCAUCCAUAAGGCCGUAAUAGAAGUAAACGAGGAGGGUUCAGAGGCUGCGGCUGCAACAGUGGGAUUCUUCAUUAAAAUACUUCCUUUCCGAAUUAUAUGUAACCGCCCCUUUCUAUUCUUCAUCCACGAUAACCAUACCCAUAAUAUUCUCUUUAUGGGCGUCUACAGGCAGCCAUGAACCCACACCAAACCAUAAUGUACACCCUUAUAGAACACCAAUAUAACUUAGGCACCUACAAAGAGACCUCCGUAAUAUCUUGACUAUCACUGCCCACUAUUAUGUUUACGUGACCAUAAUAAUGUAAAAUAUAUCCCCUAUAAUGUGGUCGUGAUGUGAUCAACUGUGUAUGUGAGUUACAAGUGUUCCCCAAGUACUGACUGACAGUGAAGGCUGCCUCAGUAACAUUCUAACCCUAAUGUUUCGAAAUUAUGAAAUAUAUAAACAAACUGUAAAAUAAUAUUCACUUUCGUUUCUUAAUAUAAUAUACAUUAUUC